AUGAAGUUUAUGAAACUUGGAUCGAAGCCUGAUUCAUUUCAGAUUGAUGGGGACAGGUUAGUUGCUCCAGCUAUUCUCGCUGGUUUAGGUGCCUUAGCACAUACAUUGGGUACCCUCGUCCUUAUGAUAGAAGCAAGUGGGUUUGCUGCAGCUGCAGCUACAACUGCUUUAGGAACUGUUAUCCAGAUUGCUUUGGCCUUUUUAACAUUGGGAUUACUAAGUUCAAGAGAAGUAGAAUGUGCAAGACACGGACACACAAAACUGUUUGAUUUCCCGGCAAUAAAUUGUCGCAAACACAGUGCAGUUUUGACAGAAUUUGGAGGCAAAGGAGAUGGAAAAACAUCAAACACGAAGGCAUUUCAAUCUGCAAUUAGUCAACUAAGCCGGUUGGCAUCGGAUGGAGGAGCACAACUCAUUGUACCGCCCGGUAAAUGGCUCACCGGAAGCUUCAAUCUUACCAGCCAUUUCACUCUUUACAUCCACAAGGAGGCCGUUAUUCUUGCAUCUCAGGAUGAGUCCGAAUGGCCUGUUGUUAGUCCGCUGCCUUCCUAUGGGAGAGGAAGAGAUGCCCCUGGCGGAAGGUUCAACAGUCUAAUUUUUGGGACAAAUCUCACUGAUGUCGUUAUUACUGGUGGAAAUGGGACAAUCGAUGGAAAAGGUGCGUACUGGUGGGACAAGUUCAAAACGAAUCAAUUGAAAUACACAAGGCCUUACCUGAUUGAGAUUAUGUAUUCACAACAAGUUCAAAUUUCUGACCUUACUUUAAUCAACUCUCCUUCCUGGCAUGUCCAUCCCGUUUACAGCAGGGAUAUAAUAAUCCAAGGGCUCACAAUCCUUGCCCCAACUGAUUCUCCCAACACAGAUGGAAUAAACCCAGAUUCUUGCUCAAAUAUACGCAUUGAAGACUGUUACAUAGUCUCAGGGGACGACUGUAUUGCAGUGAAAAGUGGCUGGGACCAAUAUGGAACAUCAUUUGGAAUGCCAACUCAGCACCUCCUCAUCCGGAGGCUCACAUGCAUCUCCCCUGACAGCGCCGUAAUCGCUCUCGGCAGUGAGAUGUCCGGCGGCAUCCAAGACGUUAGAGCCGAAGACAUCAUAGGCAUCAAUUCCCAAUCAGGUGUCAGAAUCAAAACCGCUGUGGGGAGAGGGGCUUAUGUGAAGGACAUCUAUGUGAAAGGAAUGAAAAUGUACACCAUGAAGUAUGUGUUUUGGAUGACAGGCAAUUACGGGUCACAUCCAGAUAAAGGAUUUGACCCAAAAGCAUUUCCUGUCAUCCAAAACAUAAAUUACAGAAACAUAUUCGCUCAGAAUGUUUCGAUGCCAGCUGACCUUGAAGGAAUACAGGAUCAUCCCUUUACAGGGAUUUGCAUUUCAAAUGCAAAUAUCAAUUUGUCCGCUAAGCCGAAGAAAGUCCUCUGGAAUUGCAGUAACAUUGCUGGUGUUUCAAGUAAAGUCAAUCCUCAACCUUGCAAUCUGUUGCCCAAUAAGGUGUCUGCGUCCUGUGACUUCCCUCCUGAUACGUUGCCUAUUGACAAUGUAAAGUUGAAGAUUUGUUCCGGUAGUGGCACCUACAUUUAA